UUCACAAAUCUAUUUUAUUUGAUUGUAUAUUUGUAAAUGUAACUUACAUUAUUUAUUGAAUCGAAUAAACUAGGGUAGUCAAGAAGCGAAAGCUUUCAAGUUUCAACAAUCUAGAAAUAAAUUAGUAGUAAAGUCGAGGGAAAAAAGAGGAGUGAAGUGUCGUGGAAUUUGUGAUUUACUGGAGUAAUAGUUAACCAUCCAAAGGUAGCUGCAGUUGAAAUAGUUGGCGAUUGGAACGAGGCGUUGGAUGACGGGGGAAGAAAUGGAGGAGAGAAAGGCAACUGGAUAUCGGGAAUUCAGUGGAAGACAUGAAUUCCCCUCCAACACGAUGCACGCCCUAUUAGCUAUGGGGAUAUGGCUUGGAGCUAUUCACUUCAACGCCCUCUUGCUCCUUUUCUCCUUUCUCUUCCUUCCUUUUUCCAAAUUCCUUGUGGUGUUUGGAUUGCUUUUGCUUUUCAUGAUUCUUCCUAUCGAUCCUUACAGUAAAUUUGGCCGGAGGUUGUCCAGGUAUAUAAGUAAACAUGCUUGCAGUUAUUUUCCCAUCACUCUCCACGUUGAGGACAUUCACGCCUUCCAUCCUGAUCGCGCUUACGUUUUUGGUUUUGAGCCACAUUCAGUUUUGCCAAUUGGAGUUGUUGCGCUCGCUGACCUGACAGGUUUCAUGCCUCUUCCGAAAAUAAAAGUCCUUGCAAGCAGCGCUGUAUUCUACACUCCAUUUUUGAGGCAUAUAUGGACAUGGUUGGGUCUCACACCAGCAACAAAGAAAAAUUUUUCUUCCCUAUUAGAUGCUGGUUAUAGUUGUAUUCUAGUGCCUGGUGGAGUGCAGGAGACAUUCCACAUGGAGCCUGGUUCUGAGAUUGCAUUCCUUAGGGCACGAAGAGGAUUUGUCCGCAUAGCCAUGGAAAUGGGCAGUCCUCUGGUCCCAGUUUUCUGCUUUGGUCAGUCUCAUGUCUACAAGUGGUGGAAACCAGGUGGGAAGUUCUACCUGCAAUUUUCCAGAGCUAUCAAGUUCACUCCUAUAUUCUUUUGGGGAAUUUUUGGAUCUCCUUUACCCUAUCAACAUCCAAUGCACGUGGUGGUGGGUAAACCUAUUGACGUGAAGAAAAAUCCACAACCCAUUGUCGAAGAGGUCAUUGAAGUACAUGAUCGAUUUGUCGAAGCACUUCAAGAUCUUUUUGAGAGACACAAAGCUCAGGUUGGGUUUGCUGAUCUUCCAUUAAAGAUUCUUUGAUCUGAACUGAGUUUGGGUUGGGUCUUCUUUACACUUAAAUCAUGUCCGUUCAUGUCCCAAUUUCUUGCCUGUAUGGUCUAUACAAUUGGAAUGUGAGGACAAUGAAGCCAGGAGAUAUUUGAUUAAUAGAGCACAUAGCUACAUACGUAUAUUAAAUUCUUACUAGCCUCAGUAGCAUCAAUAGUUGUGCUAUUAUGAUUCAAUUAUUACUUAUAAAGAUGUUAGCAGUGGAUAUGCUAAGCUUCUGACUAUGCCUUUAUUGUUUUGUAUGUUUAUGAUAUUGAUCUAUAUGAUUAGUUAAAUUCCGCAGGCAA